CAAAAAAAGACACGGGUGAUACCGAUAUCGAAUAUUAUACGUAUCCAAUAGCUUGCUAUCUUGAUUUAUACCUAAUGUCAUUAAAUAUUGCCUCCUUAGGAACCCAGAUGCUGACACAUUUAAAUUCAAACAUA